UACGACAGCUACUUCCGGUUUUUCCAGGAAAUUUUCCUCCCAAAAAUUGCACUUUUUCUUGAAUAAAGCCAUCAUCAGAUUGGAUCAAAGCUAAAGAAAAGCAGGGAUCGAAAAUGAUUCAUAGUCUGUUCAUCAUCAAUAACUCUGGGGAUGUCUUCCUGGAGAAACACUGGAAGAGUGUGAUUCACCGCUCCAUUUGUGAUUACUUCUUUGAAGCACAAUCAAAGGCGAGCACGUCUGAUGAUGUGCCUCCAGUCAUACCAACUCCGCAUCAUUACUUGAUCAACAUCCAUAGGAACUCCAUGUAUUUCAUAGCUGUGGUCACAACUGAAGUUCCACCACUAUUUGUGAUCGAAUUCCUUCAUCGAGUUGUUGAUAUCCUGGAAGAUUAUUUUGAUGAGGCCACAGAGUCACAAGUCAAGGAGAAUUAUGUGGUCGUGUAUGAGAUCUUGGAUGAGAUGCUUGAUAAUGGAUUCCCCCUUGCCACAGAGUCAAACAUCUUGAAGGAACUUAUUAAACCACCCAAUAUCCUGAGGACCAUUGCUAAUACGGUCACUGGGAAAUCUACCAACGUCAGUGCAACACUGCCAACCGGACAACUGUCGAAUGUACCUUGGAGGCGGACGGGCGUCAAAUAUACGAACAAUGAGGCCUACUUUGACGUGAUAGAAGAGAUUGAUGCCAUCAUUGACAAGUCAGGAUCAACCGUUUGCGGAGAGAUUCAGGGAUAUAUCGACUGCCUUAUCAAGCUUAGCGGAAUGCCCGAUUUAACCCUCACCUUCCAAAAUCCACGCCUUCUCGACAACGACGUCAGUUUUCAUCCCUGCGUGCGGUUCAAGCGAUGGGAGAAUGAAAGAAUAUUGUCGUUCGUACCACCAGAUGGCAACUUCCGACUCAUCUCAUAUCAUAUAGGAGCACAGAACUUGGUCGCUAUUCCAAUAUAUCUACGCCACAAUAUUUCAUUCCGAGAUGGUAGUUCAGGACGCCUUGACAUAACCGUCGGACCAAAACAGACCAUGGGGAAAAAUGUUGAAAAGGUUAUCGUAGAAAUUCCAUUUCCUAAAGCCGUCUUGAAUGUGACCUUGACCCCAAGCCAAGGGAAGUACUCGUUUGACCCCGUUACCAAGGUGAUGAGUUGGGAUGUUGGCAAGAUCGAUCCCGCCAAACUGCCAAAUAUCCGUGGUUCAAUAAGUCUUCAGAGCGGUAUGCCAGUGCCAGAGUCAAAUCCAGCAAUAUCAGUGCAUUUCCAGAUAGCUCAGCUUGCCGUGUCGGGACUGAAAGUCAAUAGACUAGAUAUGUAUGGAGAGGGUGACAACGGUCAGAAAUAUAAACCAUUCAAAGGAGUGAAAUACGUGACAAAGGCAGGAAAAUUCCAAGUGCGGACGUAGGGAACAUCGUUAGGGAUGUCUCUUCUGUCUCAUUACUGUGGACCACAUGCUUCCUGAAGGACAGAUGUUAUGUGGAACCUUUUUCUUAAGGGGACCACAGGCAGGAGCUAGGGGGUUCCAGUUAGUGGUCUCCAGGUGACUAAUAUAGGCAGUUUGGCAACUGGGCGUGGUUUGACUUGAUGAUCAAGAUUCCUCUUACAAGGAUGACUAUUGCCGAUGUACUGUCUGAUAGAUUAGACACCUACUGGCCAAUUGGUGAACCUUAAUCGGGUCCACCUGGCUCCUACCUAUACAUGUAGUCUCUCUUUAAAAGAUGACAAUUUAACACUAAAAUAUCUGUGUCAUUUCGGUUUCAUGUGACAUUUAAAUACAUUACUAUUUCAAAGCCCUUCCUGAGCUCCGAGCAUUACUAUUUUCAAGUUAUAAGUAAAAGUUGCAGAAAUAUUUUCGCAUAUCAUCAAACAUUGUUAAACAAUCUUUAGAAUACUUGUUUUUCUAAAUGAUAAAUCAGGGAUAUGGGAUGCUGCAACUGAAUUGACUUCAGCCAUGUAUUUACAGUUUUGUCUGUUGACUAUACAUCUAAAUGUGAGAAAGUAAAUAGUCAUGGAACAUAAUUUUUCAUUCAAAAGUGAAUUCAAGAGGAAAAAGAAUUGGAAAAAAUUGAGAACCUGAGAUGCCUUCUAUAUUGGCUUCAUCAAUGUAUUUAUACAGGUCUAGGUUGACUGAUGUGACUGAAUGAAUGAUAAUAGAACAUGAUUUUUCAUUCGAAAGAGAAUUCAAAAUGAAGAAGAUGAAGAAGAAGAGAAAGAAGAAGAAGAGAAAUUGUGACAGCAAUAACCCUUCUCUUUCUGUACUUUACCGAGAUAGAUCCUUGAUCAGUAUUUUAAUUUACUCUCCAAAUAGUUUGGAACAAAUACGCUUACAGAUGUAUAUGAAUCUUGUCCAUGUCGUGUGAUGUUCUAUUUGUGAGCCCUCUUUAAAUUCUGUACACCACAUUACCACCACAGGUCUCCAUGGCUGGUGGCACCUAGCUUGCCCCUACUCAAACGGACCCUUGAACUUUGUGCUUGCCUUUUGAGGUGCCAUGCUUUCAAGGGGGGUCUAUCUCCCAACAUACCCUAUGGAAAAUAAAUUUUGAUUUGGGGUUACGUGUAUUUCUUGGACAUUUACUACCUGUAUGAUUACCUGUCUCUGUAAAUAUAUUAUUAUGAGAUAUAUGAAUAAU